AUGGCAUCCGGUCAAGCUCCUGGGUCUUCAGCACCCUCAUCCAACAUCAACUCCCCGAUUUUACCUCCCAAUGGCGGGCCAUUGCUCAACACGCAGUUCUCGGAUCUGAAUCCAAGGUCAUCCCCAGCCCCUGGUAGUGUCGCAUCUCUCCAAGGCGAUGGUCGGACAAAGCGCAACAAAAGGGACAGUCGCAAGAAAAGGGAAGCCAAGGGCCUGGACACUGAGAGUGCUCCCCCAGCCAAGAAGCGCUCAACAGCUGCACCAAGCACCGCCCUCCCCAGUUCAAAGCUGCAAAUCCUCCGGCCUUUGCUCCUCGCCGAGCCAAAGUCCACCGACAUGUACCCUCCACAGCCUCGCCAGCUGAACCACGUGAGCAGGAAAACCUCCGACGUACUGGGUCAAAGCUGGGAUUUCUACGAGGUCGUCGACAAACUUACCAACAAGAAUGGCUUCCGUUACAGCUACGCCAUUGCGGACCCCGAAUUCUCCCACAUCAAAUACCGACAGACAGACGUUCGUCCCUACCAUGCUCGGUUCAGCUUCGAAGAUUCACCUGCAGCCAUCACAUUCUCCGAGACCGCGACUGCGGUAACCACCGGUGACGCAUGGCAUACAGCUCGCGCGAAUGUCUGCGCCCGAGAAGGCACAUACUACUACGAAGCCCGGAUCAUCAGCGGCAUAGUCAACGACCCCGAAAACCCACCCCAGAACGGCCGAUCAACAACCUCACCACGCGGCCACGUCCGCAUGGGCUUCGCACGCCGCGAAGCAGACCUAGACGCCAACGUCGGAGUCGACUGCUACGGCUAUGGCAUCCGUGACGUGAACGGCGAAGUGGUAAACCGCAUGCGCUGCGAUUUCUUCUUCCCAAAGGGCGAAGCCAUCAACGAAGGCGAUGUCAUCGGCAUGCUAAUCACCCUCCCCUCUCUAUCCCUCCACAAGAAGAUAGUAGAAGGAACAUACGACCCAGCAACUGACGACCCAAAACACCACUCCUCGCAACACUCAUACCCACCCACAGCAUCAAACAUCAUCCGCGACCGAAUCCCCUUCCACUACAAAUCAGACUUCUGCUGGCAACAAUCAAACGUGUUCUCGACAAAACAUCUCCGCGACUAUGCAUUCAACCUCAAGGAAACGCCUACCUUCGGUCAUCCAUCACCCACAAACGCUGAAGACCCAACGCUCCGCACGCUCCCAGGAUCAAGCAUAACGGUCUUCAAGAACGGAAAGGAAAUGGGAACACCCUUUAAAGAGCUCUACGCCUUCCUCCCCCCAGCUAGCCGUCUCGCAAGCGGCACCAACAACCUCGGCAUCGGGGAGCGUGAGAACGCCGACGAUGGAAUGAUAGGCUACUACCCAGCGGUGAGCUGCUACGGCGGCGGCGCGGUUGAAUGCAAGUUCGAGGGGCCGUGGUGGGUAGGACCGCCCCAAACAACGGAAUCGGGAGCCAGUAUCCGGCCCAUGGGCGAACGUUUCAACGAUCAAAUUGUCGAAGACGUCGUCGCCGAUAUUGUCGAUGAAGUCGAGGCCAUGACUACCUGGGGCGGGGUUGACGGUGAUGUUAUUGGGAACAACAACACUGCUGGAGAUGGUGGGCUAGAGGAGGGAUCUGCUCCUGGGGCUGUAGGUGGUGCGGAGGUUUUCAAGGGUGGUGUUGGGGCCGCGAUUGAGUCUGUUUCUAUGAAUACGCCUGGCACGGUUGGUGCGUCUGAUUCUGCGGCUAAUAGUAACCGCGAGACGCCCGUUGCUGGUGUUGGUGAUGAUGGCGUUAGUGUUGGAACGGCUGGGACGCCGUUGGCUGUUGAGAUUGUGGGAAAUGCGGAGGGUGAUGGGGAUGGGGAUGUUGAGAUGAGUUGA